UCGGCGUUAUGGAAGAUCUCACUUCAUCCUCAACUCCAUUCCCAUUCCCAAUACCAAGAAAAUGAAACAAUAAAAAAAGCAUAUCUCACUUAUGAUUGAAGCAGCUGUGAUUGGAUUCAAGCUCUUUUGCCCAUGUAUUCCAGCCCAUCACACUCUGUCUUUCUCGAAUGUCAUCCUAUUAUAUUCAUUUCCUAUUAAAGUUAUUUUUUUUAUCUGUACUACAAAUUUUGAUAUUACCAAAUCUUUCCCUCUCUCAUCCACGUGCGCUCUCUCUCACUUCAGUCUCUCAAUAUAUACACAUAUAUAUGAAUCUCUUCUCUCCCACUGAAAGAAAGAUCAGAUAUACUUCUUGUUACCACUUUUGAACAACCCAAAUAAAAGGAAAGAGUAGCUUUUUUAUAUUUCCAAUCAAAUCUAACGUAUAUUUUCUCUCUGUGCACUUGUUAUCGUUCUACUAGUAGUAGUAGUAGUAGUUAUUGAGGUAAAAUGGAGAAAUAUGAGGUGGUCAAAGAUUUGGGAGCCGGCAAUUUUGGGGUUGCUCGACUUCUCAGACACAAGGAUACCAAGGAGCUUGUUGCUAUGAAAUAUAUUGAGAGAGGUCACAAGAUAGAUGAGAAUGUGGCAAGAGAGAUUAUCAAUCACAGAUCUCUUAGACACCCUAAUAUAAUCCGGUUCAAGGAGGUGGUUUUGACGCCUACCCAUUUAGCAAUUGUGAUGGAGUAUGCUGCUGGUGGUGAGCUCUUUGAUCGGAUUUGCAGUGCUGGUAGAUUCAGUGAAGAUGAGGCUAGAUAUUUUUUUCAGCAGUUGAUCUCUGGUGUCAAUUAUUGUCACUCCAUGCAAAUAUGCCAUAGAGAUUUGAAAUUAGAAAAUACCCUUUUAGAUGGAAGUCCUGCACCUCGUUUGAAAAUCUGCGAUUUCGGUUACUCUAAGUCAUCUCUGUUGCAUUCAAGACCCAAAUCAACAGUUGGAACUCCAGCAUAUAUAGCACCGGAAGUUCUGGCGCGGCGAGAGUAUGAUGGAAAGUUGGCAGAUGUAUGGUCCUGUGGAGUUACCCUUUAUGUUAUGUUGGUGGGAGCUUACCCUUUUGAAGACCAAGCUGACCCUAGGAAUUUUCGGAAAACAAUUCAGAGAAUAAUGGCCGUUCAGUACAAAAUUCCAGACUACGUUCAUAUAUCUCAAGAUUGCAAGAACCUACUCUCUCGGAUAUUUGUUGCCAAUCCUUCCAGGAGGAUCACACUUAAGGAAAUAAAAAAUCAUCCUUGGUUUCUGAAGAACUUGCCCAGAGAGCUAACAGACACAGCACAAGCUGCUUAUUACCGGAGCGAUAACCCUACAUUUUCUCUUCAAAGUAUAGAUGAGAUAAUGAAAAUUGUGGAAGAGGCAAGAAUUCCACCUCCAGCCUCAGUGCCUGUCAAGGGCUUUGGUUGGGGCCAAGAAGAUGAUGAUGAGGAGGAAGACAUCGAUGGGGAAGUGAAAGAAGACGACGAAGAAGAUGAAUAUGAUAAACGGGUGAAGGAAGUCCAUGCAAGUGGAGAAUAUCAAAUCCAUUAAGCAAAUGUAAUCUUCAUCCAACAGUUGUGUAAUAAAAGCCUUGGCUUUAUGGCUUUAAGAUUGUUCUAUAGCCAAUAACUUUUGUUUCAUUGCUAAAAAUAUUGAUGUUCUAGACUAUAACAUCUCCGACUUGAGCACUAAACUAUGCAUGUAACUUUACAGGAUUAAGUUGACUACGGAUUGCAGGUGAAUGAGGAAUGAAAUCGUAGUGUUAUUUGAA